AUGUUCAACGUUCUUAAGCUCGCCGUGCUCGCCCUCCUGGCAGCUCCCGCCGUCAUGGCAAGCGACAUUAUCGUGCAGAACAACUGCAAAUUCGACGUCUGGUGUGACGCAGCCAAGAACGACGGGUCCUCCAGCCCGUCAGUUAAGGUACACGCCGGCCGGCAUUACAAGUCUCCACUCCCUGCCAACAACGACAACGUCGGCUCUGUCUUGAAGUGCACCAACGUAGCUGGUUCCAGGAAGGUAUUUCAAGCCGAGCUGGCUGUGCAGCAUGGUAGGUCGUGGUUUGACCUGUCGGCCAUCGACGGUGACCCAUUCCUCUCGCACCACCGUCAUGCUGAGCUCGCGGGCCAGUGUGUUCUGGACUGCCCUCCCAAAUCUACAUCCUGCUAUUACCCUGUUCAGGUCGACUGUGCUACCACAGAAAAUGCCGUACUGACUCUUUGUUAGUUAGUAACGCCCGAGUCUUAGCAAGCAGGCCAUGUUGCCA